GCGCGACGGAUGCAAGCCAACUUUGGCCGGAGCCACCGCCCGAUGGGCAACCACCUGCACCAGCGCCACUUCCCGCAGAUGCGCAGCGUGCUCAUCCUGCUUCUCCCGCUCGCCUGCCUCUGCGUCGUCUUCUACGAGGUCGUCUACCUGCAGAGCUACGCGGCGACGCCGUCGACGUACCACAACAUGCCCGUGUACGACGAGCACUUUGCGCUGAGCAAGCCCGUGGUAACGCGGGUGAACGCGCUGCAUGAACUGACGCCGUCGGUCACAAAGAAGCGCACGCACAGCCUGCGGCAGCCGACCGACGCAGCGACAACGGCGGCUGCGACAACCAACGCGCCGACGACGGGGGCGCCGACCACCUCGCCGCCGCCGGUGGUGUCGCCGGCGUUCGUGGGCAAGACGCCCAAGCCGGUUCACGCCGCCACCGUGCCGCCGGACGCGGUCAACGGCCGGACGACCAUGGUGCUGAUCGCCAACUACCGCGAUACGCGCCGGUGCGCCGAGACCCUCGACUCGCUCUUCACGACCGCCGUGCACCCCGAGCUUGUCCACGUGAGCAUCUUUGACCAGAUCUACCUCGAUAAGGGCGAGAUCCGGUGCAUUGACGCGUACUGCAGCAAGGUCGGCGAAGCGGCGUGUCGCCGGUCGCAAAUGGUCAACAGCACGAUCGACGCCGACGACGCGACGGGCCCGACGCGCGCGCGCUACGAGACGGAGAAGGGUAUCAAAGACGAAGAUUUCUGCCUUGCGAUCGACUCGCACCUCGUGUUUGUCAAGGACUGGGACGCCGAGCUCCUCUCGCAGUGGGACUCGCUCGAAAACGACCAUGCGAUCAUCACCGUGUACCCCAAGUCGACCGAGCUCCUCAACAACACCGAGUACGCCAACCAGCUCCAGCUCAUGUGCCACGCGCGCAUCGAGUCUGCGGAUCCCGACACGAUGAUCCAGUACGGCGCGCCGAUUUGGAUUCCGCAGCCGCCGACGCCGCGGCUCAUGUCGCAAUUUGCUGGCGGCUUCAACUUUGGCAACUGCGUCCAGGCCACGACUGUCCGGAACGACCCGUACACGCCGUUCCUCUUUCACGGUGAAGAGUACUCGCGCGCGGCGCGGCUCUGGACGAGCGGGUACGAUUUCUACGUGCCAAAGAAGGACGUCGUGUACCACUGGUACGAAGAGCGCAAGGUCAUUUGGGAAAAGGACUGGGACAAGCGGUACUUUGUGCAGCAAAAGGCCAAGCGCCGCAUCCGCCACGCGCUCGGGCUCUCGUUCACCGAAGACGACUUUGACCACACGGACAUCGACGCGUUCAAGCUCGGGUCGAAGCGCACGUUUGCGCAGUGGAUAGAGUUUUCGGGCAUCGACCCGAACGCUGCGUACGUCGGGAAGGAAGACAACCAGUUCGACAACUGCAAGGAGCUCACGUAUGUGCCGUACUAACCCCAUCAAAUAGACCCAUCGAUACGACAUA